UUCUGUAACCUCGAACGCUGAACAGCUACUGAAGGAAGCAAAGGUGGACUUAAGAGACAAGAAGGCCAGAAUCAAAGCCCUUGAAACUCACCUGAGCGAAGCAAGACAUGAGAUCAACAGACUAAUGCAGGAAGUGGAUGACAUCAAAGAGGAGUCCGCCAGGGAACUCAGGCAUGCCUAUGCACUGCGCUAUGAACCUCCAAAGACAAGAUGUGCACCAGCCUCGCCCCUGCCAAGCAGGACAGGAUCCCCUGUCCCUGAGCUCUCACCUAUUGAAAGAGGUGAGAAACCAUGCCGAAGAUCUUCGCCAACACCUUCUGAAGAGCCUUACCUUACCCUACAGCGACGAGAGCCUGUGAUAGUCAGUCACAGAUCGUCAUACAGUCUGGACCUCAAAGACCUUGACAAGCUGGCCAGAAACAUUGGCAAGUUUACUCCAAGUGUGUCAGGUGGUUUGGAGGUCCACGCUUAUUUGCAAGACAUUGAUUUCCACCUGGAAAUGAGACCCAAUGUCUCUGACAAAGAAAGACUAUAUUUGCUUCGAGCCACAUCCAGCCCUGAGGUGCGCAGCUUCCUGGACUGACAACCGGCUCGGGUAAAGAACGAUUACCGCUUGCUCCAAGAAGCCCUCAUCAGAGAGUUUGCAAACCCUGAAUCAGAUCAAGGACUGUUAAGUGCUCUGGAGACAAAACAAGGUCGCAAUGAGUCCCCACAUGCUUACUACAACCGACUCAGGCAAGCCUUUUUCGGAACUCGCAACGAACCGAAUAUGGAAGAAGACCUGAACUUUAAGAUUCUCUUCCUGAGAAACCUCCAUCCUGCAGUAAGCCAACAUCUCGGAGAACUCGCAUGCCCACGAACAAUGAGCAUCCAACAAUUGCGAGAUUUGACACAGAAAGCCCACGACAAACAAAAGAUGGUGUUAGAGAAGAACACUAAAACUGCAAAAGUUCUUGACUUUAACACCCAGAAUCCAGAACUGGCACUAGAGGGUGCCCAACGCUCAAACAGCGUGAGACCACCAUCCCCAGCAUGGAAUGCGUCUUCGUCCAAUAGACAACGGAACUCCUACGAUGACACAAGACCUAAACAAAGGAACAGUCACUGGCAUGGACCGCAUGGACAACGACGCUCACCUGAACACCACCGGGAAAGAAACCAAUGGGGGUCAAACAAAAGCUGGUCACCAUCUAAGGGAAGACAUCAAAACCCUGGAUCAUCAAGUCCAAGGAGUCAACGAAGGUACUCCAAAAACUUCCACCCUGACAACGCUCAGACUCAAUCCCAGCAAGAGGAAAAUGCCCCACUGGGAUUUGACCCUCAAGAACUGGUGAAAUUGAUGAUGAAAGAGUUUCUCAAAUGCAUAGAGGAGGACAGGAAACGGGAAAAGGAAAAAGCAGAUUCAGCCUGACUAGUCGCCGAGCGGAGAAGCAACAAUCACCUGAACCAACAAACACUUGCAGAU